GCUCGCCUUUGUACGUUUGCGUGCGGAAGUCGAACGGCUCGGUGUAAUUUGCACUCCAGACCAGCGAGCCCAUUCUAUCGCCGGAGAAUUCUAAAUUCAUCGUAAGUGAUGAAGCUUGAGAAGGAAGGGUUUCGCGUUCGUCUUUUGCUUACCGAAAAUCGCAGGCCAGUUCUGCUCGCUCGAAGGAGCACCAUUCACACCCAUGAAGACAUAUCCGUCUGCCAAUCUGCUCGUCUCGUUGCUGUAAACCUGCAGCUGCGGUGGUUUGAGAUUUCCAUUACUCAUAUACGUUUGGAAAAAAUCGCCCAAAGACAUAAAUCAAAUGGUAGAUGCAUUUCAAAACAGAAUGAAUACGUACUUCGAAAGCCACCGUGGCGGCGGUUCGAUCCUUUCUUGAAAUACGCUGCUGGCCUAUGGAACUGGCCACCGAGCAAACCCUUCAACACAACCUCCAAGCGCUACGGGUGUGACGGCGGUAUACAAGCUCUCGAGCCAUCGCUUGGUGUUUAA